AUUAUCUUUUAACAAUUAAGGAAGUUAUGGAAGAAGUUCCCAAUAACAAAACUCCCAAUAACAAUCAUGUGAUCGGCUCACACGUGAAUGGAGAUAUCAAAUCCAUUACCGAAUUACAAGAAAUAAAUUCUUGUAAUUCACUGCAAACAACUUCGACACAAAGGCAAGAAAGUAAUGAUGAUAUAAUUCUGACUCUCGACAUAAAGUAUGGGAAGGAUAAUGAAUUGCCUUCAUAUUUAGAAGUGAUUAAGCAUGAACCAGGACUUACUACAUGUGAAAGCUGUGAAACUUUACCGGCUUAUUCUUGUAGUGUUUUUAAAGCCGGUUAUGUUCUUAAAAAGGAUGAAAUGGUAUCACAUGGUGUUAGGGCAAAACCACCAAUACGAGAAUUUAGCAUGAAUCGCGCUGAAAUAGGUCUCGCUGUUGAUUAUGCUAAACGUUUUCAUGUUCUCAGAGUUUAUGUAGCAACUGGUUAUCAAUUUCUAUUUCAAACAACUAAUCGAGAUGAUUCUAUAUCGUGGAUUGAGAAUUUUCAAUCUUCUGUUAACAUUUCGUCUUCAAUUGACGACCGAGAGAUGCCAAUGUUUAUAACUUUGCCAGCAAGAUUUCAAGGAAAUGUUAAUACAUUACCAUUUGUUCCUUCUACAAAUACUAGAAAUCGCGAUUAUAAUGAAUUAG